GGUCAGGGGCAUGUCUUCCGCCGUCUCCUCCGACCCGCGAGCACGGUCUGGUCGACCCUCCUCUCUCCCUUCUCGCGGCGUACGGAUCCCGGCGCGGUUCCGAUAACUUCCGCCGUUUGAUCCCGAGUCUGUUCACUUCUUCCGCUUUUCCCGAUCUCAUCUAUUAGCCGGCGGAAUCGAAGGAGUGCGGCUUCGUAGGUGAAGGGACUCUAAUGAGGUUUAGCGGAAGAAUUUUUAUCUCUUUGUUUCUCGUGAUCGGCUCUUCGAUCCUAAUCUCCGGAUCUUCGCCGGAUGGUGCGACGAAGAACAAAUUCCGGGAGCGGGAGGCUACGGAUGAUUCGCUCAGCUACCCUAACCUUGAUGAGGAUUCUUUGUUGAACUCUAAAUGUCCUCACAAUAUCGAACUAAGAUGGCAGACGGAGGUUAGCUCCAGCAUCUACGCUACCCCUUUGAUUGCCGAUAUCAAUAAUGACGGAAGGCUAGAAGUUGUGGUGCCAUCAUUUGUUCAUUACCUGGAGGUGUUGGAAGGGUCAGAUGGAGAUAAAAUUCCAGGCUUCCCUGCAUUCCAUCAAUCAUAUGUCCAUUCUAGUCCUCUUCUGUUUGAUAUUGACAAGGAUGGUGUAAGAGAGAUAGCUUUACCUACAUAUAAUGGUGAAGUGCUUUUCUUCAGGGUUUCUGGUUACAUGAUGUCUGAGAAAUUGGUUAUACCUCGAAGAAAAGUGCGUAAAGAUUGGUAUGUGGGCUUAGACCCAGAGACUGUUGAUCGUUCUCAUCCAGAUGUCCAUGAUGAUUCUCUCAUGAAACAGCACACUGAUACAAAUUCUUCAAGUUCAAGUUCCACUGUAUCAAAUGGAUCUGUUACUGCAACAGCAGAAGGCAACCAUGUUGCCCUCAAUAGUUCGACUGUAAAUGAGGGCAAGAAGAAUAUUACUCAGCUGGGAGAAAAUAUUGAGUUGCCAAAAAUGGACAAUACAAGUCUUAGUGCUGGUUCUGAAAAUAAUAGCAAGGCAGAUGGUGUAACACAAUCUCUGAGGCGUCUACUUGAAGACACGGAAUCAAAAGGAUCUGGGGUUGAUAAUUCUAAAUCCAAUGAUAAUGCCCAUGCUGAUAUUGGGGCAAAAAAAUUCAUUGUACAGAACAAUGGAAAUCUGGAAGAAGAUGCUGAUUCCUCUUUUGAUUUAUUCCGAGAAGGUGAUGGAGAGAUGGCUGAUGAGUAUAAUUAUGACUAUGAUGAUUAUGCUGAUGAGUCCAUGUGGGGUACAGAGGAAUGGACAGAGGAGAAGCAUGAAAAACAAAAAAACUUUGUGGAGAUUGACUCUCAUGUUUUGUGCACCCCAGUUAUAGCAGACAUCGAUGGUGAUGGAGUAUCUGAAAUGGUUGUUGCAGUAUCAUACUUCUUUGAUCAUGAGUACUAUAGCAACCAGGAGCAUUUAUCAGAAUUAGGCAACUUAGAUAUUACAAAAUAUGUGGCAGCUUCAAUUGUUGUUUUUGAUCUUGACACAAAGCAAAUUAAGUGGACGACAGAAUUGGAUUUGAGCACAGAUACUUCAUCUUAUCGUUCCUAUAUAUAUUCUUCUCCUUCUGUCAUUGAUUUGGAUGGUGACGGAAACAUGGACAUUCUCGUGGGAACCUCAUAUGGGUACUUCUAUGUUAUUGAUCAUAAAGGAAAAGUAAGAGAAAAAUUUCCUCUUCAGAUGGCUGAGAUUCAAGGGGCAGUAAUAGCUGCUGAUAUCAAUGAUGAUGGUAAAGUUGAACUUGUAACGACUGAUACUCAUGGAAAUGUUGCUGCCUGGUCUGCCAAAGGUGAUGAACUAUGGGAAGUUCAUCUGAAAAGUCUCAUCCCACAGGGCCCUACAGUCGGUGAUGUUGAUGGAGAUGGGAGGACAGAGGUUGUGGUUCCCACAGUCUCGGGGAAUAUCUUUGUUCUUAGUGGAAGAGAUGGAUCUCGAGUCCAUCCAUUCCCAUAUCGUACUCAUGGGAGAGUUAUGAAUCAAGUUCUUUUGCUUGAUCUUAGCAAACGUGGAGAAAAGCAGAAGGGUUUGACUCUUGUAACAACUUCUUUUGAUGGCUAUCUUUAUCUCAUUGAUGGUUCCACUGGAUGUGCAGAUGUUGUUGACAUUGGUGAAACCUCAUACAGCAUGGUUCUAGCAGACAAUGUUGAUGGUGGAGACGACCUUGACCUUGUUGUUACAACCAUGAAUGGCAACGUUUUUUGCUUUUCAACUCCAUCUCCUCAUCAUCCUUUAAAGUCUUGGACAUCCAUCAAUCAAGGGAGAAAUAAUGUUGCAGCACGAUAUAACCGUGAAGGAAUUUAUAUCAGACCAUCAUCAAGAACUUUUAGGGACGAAGAAGGCAGCAGUUUCUGGGUUGAGGUGGAGAUAGUGGACCAGUAUAGAUAUACAGGCUCUCAUGGGCCUUAUAAUGUCACUACGACUUUGUUAGUUCCUGGGAAUUACCAAGGUCCAAGAAAGAUUACCCACAACCAAAUUUUUAAUCAGCCUGGUAAACAGAGGAUCAAGCUUCCAACAGUAAAUGUUCGGACAACAGGAACUGUGUUAGUUGAGAUGGUCAAUAAGAAUGGGCUUUACUUCUCAGACGAGUUCUCUCUUACUUUUCACAUGCACUACUACAAACUGCUGAAAUGGAUGCUUGUUCUCCCAAUGUUAGGAAUGUUUGGUGUGCUUGUCAUACUACGCCCGCAGGAAGGCACGGCAUUACCUUCCUUCUCUAGGAACACUGACCUCUGAACUGAACACUUUGUUUUUGAGUUAAUUUUUGUAAUUUCACUUUUUUGUCGGAGUGGCUGCUUUUCAUUGAUCCAUGAAGGAAUGUGGCCCUUUAAAUCCCAUUUUACUGGGCAAAUGCAGAGGCUGGUGCUUCACUCAAUCCCUGUCUAGCUUAUGCAGUCUUCAACGGGUCGGGGCCUAGCUUCUCCAAUUGAAAUUGAUCAGAUUCUGUGUGCCGACUUGCCGACUUCUAUAUUGUAACAUGGCAGAUAGGUUUCUCAGUUAUGGUUUGAAAAGCACAUAUGAAUCCUCAUAGAUACACGUUCCUGUCUCUUGUAAACAAAAACUUCAUCCUUGCAAGGUUAGACGUAGUUACAUCAAGUUGAUUUGUUCA